AAUUUGGACUAUUCUAUUGGAGUUAACGUAUUCCAAUACUCUCAGCAAAUUCGAAGAAAAAGCCUCGAAAAUGCCAGAAAAUAACAAAUUAAAUGGCAAACACGCGGCAAAAUGUUAGGGUUGACUUUUCGUCUGAUAUGUUGACCCAAAGAAGAACAGAAUUAUAAAUUACUUGGCGUUUAUAACUUAUAAGUUACAACUUAUAAGUACCCAUUGUACGAACUCUGAAGAGUUCAAAAUUCAUUUUAGCUUUUAAGUUUUGAGCAAUCGAUUCGCCAAAUAGAAAAAGGAAAAGUUUCGAUCAAAAAGAUUAAAACAAAAAACAAAAAGUUCAAUUCUGUCCUUUCCGCAAGAAAAAAAACAAAAUGGAGGUGGAGCUGGAAAUACUAGUGCCGAAACCGCCGAAGCAGAAGAGCGGCGGCGGCGGCAAAAUCGCGUGGGGUGGCGCGUUCGCCGGGGAGCUGAAUCGCGUGAAUUGGAUCGCUCUGCCGAUGAUAGUGGUGACGGUUUCACAAUUUCUGCUGCGUGUUUCGCCCAUGUUCAUGCUUGGCCAUUUGGAUCAACUCUCAUUAUCCAGCGCCUCCAUCGCCACCUCUCUCUGCAAUGUCACCGGAUUCAGUGUUGUCUUUGGAAUGUCUAGUGCAUUGGAAACCCUAUGCGGGCAGGCAUAUGGAGCCGAACAGUACAUAAAAGUAGGAACUUUCACUUACGGAGCUAUUUUAUGCCUAUUUAUAGUGUGCCUACCAGUUUCUCUUCUGUUCAUCUUCACAGAGAAGCUGCUAUUAUUAACAGGCCAAGACCCGUUAAUCUCGGCCGAAGCAGGAAAAUUCGCAAUACAGCUAAUCCCGACGCUAUUUCCCUAUGCGAUUCUUCAGUGUCUUGUUCGUUACUUGCAGAGCCAGAGUUUGAUAUUUCCGAUGGUUUGGAGCUCGUUAGCAUCUCUGUUCUUUCAGUUACCUCUGUGUUGGGCAUUUGUGUUUAAGUUGAAUCUUGGAAACAGUGGAGCAGCAUAUUCGAUCGGGAUUUCGUAUUGGUUUAAUGUUGUUUUGCUUGUGCUUUAUGUGAAGUACUCUUCGUCCUGCAAUAAAACCCGUCCUUCAUUAUCGAUGGACGCUCUUGCAACUAUGAGGGAGUUCGUUCAACUUGCUAUACCUUCUGCCGCUAUGGUUUGUUUGGAGUGGUGGUCGUUCGAGCUAAUAUUCUUGUUGUCGGGCAUAUUGCCAAAUCCACAAUUACAGACAUCAGUUCUUUCUAUAUGCUUCACCAUUUCGACUUUGCACUAUCACAUACCGUAUUCUUUUGGUGCUGCUGCAAGCACUGUGAUAUCGAACGAGCUUGGAGCAAGUAAACCGGAAGCAGCCAGAGUAACUCUCCACGCAGUGUUGGUUCUGUCAAUAGCAGAGUUAUUAUUAGCCAGCAUUCUUGUUGUGAUUUGUGGUCCUAUACUGGGCUAUGUGUUUAGCCAGGAGAAAGAAGUUGUCGAAUAUGUCAAACAAAUGGCACCGUUUCUUAGCGUUUCUAUUAUCAUGGAUGGCUUACAGGCUGUACUUUCAGGGGUAGCGAGAGGUAGUGGGUGGCAGCAUAUAGGUGCCUAUGUGAAUCUAGGGUCGUAUUAUCUUGUGGGUACACCGUUGGCUUUACUUCUUGCGUUUGUAUUUGAUCUGAACGGGAAAGGCCUUUGGACUGGACUUGCAGCUGGAGCAACUGUACAAUCUAUCGCACUUUCGCUAGUGACUUGCUUCACAAACUGGGAUAAACAGGCAAUUGUAAUAAUACGACGCAGGAGUUUUUCUGGAGGAUAUCCAGGUCGAAUCGAGCCUUGAAAAUUGGUGGAGACGUGUUAAAGAAAAUGAUUCAAGAAAGCAUUGCACACGGGAAAUGUAAAGAAACAAACAAUUAUAAAGGAAAAUUAGUAUUCGAAACCCGGCCGGGAGGAGGUGGUUGUGGUGGUGGGGUGGCGGCAGCCUGGAAAGUUACGAAAGUAACUUACUGGGAUGUUGAAAUUUUUGCUGAAUGUGAAUAGUGAUUACUGAUUAGUGAAGUGAGCUUGUGUACAGUGCCAAAAACAUGUUGUCUGAAUUGUACUUGAGUGCAAAUAUUAAUAUAUAUUGGUUCCAUCGUCAGUUUUGUUA